AUAUAUAUAUAUAUAUAUCUUCAUUUUCUCUCUCUAUCCUCACAGGCAUGCAAUCCCCAAUUUCUGCUAUGUUGAAUUUCACUUUUGACCUGCACUCUUCACUUCAAUUCCAUGAUUUUGCUCAUCUUUAAUUUGAACUGCUCAAUCAAUGGCUGUUUCGGACAUUGAUUCCGUUCUCGAGUUUUUGAAGGAGAAUGGUUUUUCCCAAUCCGAAUCGGCUCUUUUGGAUGAUAUAGUUGAGAAAUCAGAAUUCCGGUCCCUCGAAUACGAAAAGUUUUUGUUUCCGAUGAUUCCUCCGCCACCUCUCUUGAAGAUUCCGGAUACUCACCGAUCGACGACGGAGGGAACCGCCGUCGCUUCUGAAGAUGAUUCCGCCGCUGAUUCAUCCGAUGAGUUUGUCAGCAUGGGCUCUUCUAUAACUAAUUUGACAUCUUCAGAGUUUGUAAAUCCAUAUGGACUUUGCAGUACGACCCGUGUGAGCUCCCAAGCUUCAUCGGAUAGAUUAUCUCAGUUUGGUACAGCUCGUGAUUAUCCGGAUUUUGAAAUUCAAAAUGACCUGUACUGGUUCAACGACCAAGACGAAUCUGCAAACACUUCUAGCUUAGGGAAAUUGGAUUCAUUUCUUUGCCCGACUCAGGAUAAAUUCAUCAUGACUUCUGAGGUGGAGAAUGGUAUUCAGAAUAACACGCUCUAUCCUAGUGCUGAUAUUCAAUCAACUGAAAGAAAUCAUCACUUUAAAAAGAAUUGGCCUUUCAAUGUUUCAUCCAUGGAUGAUUUAAAGGAGUACCAAUUCUUAGAUGAUUUCAAGAUAGAUCAUCAUCAUGAAAGAAGUUCAGAGAAAGAAGAUGAUUCCCUUUAUCGCUGCUCGGCACCUCUUUGUGCCUGUUGUGCCGAACCAGAAGGAUUAUUUAGAGGUGAUCUGAAAGAAGAAGAUGAUGAAAAACACGCCUGUUGUGACUCCUCGGUGAAGAAUUCCACAUCUGAAUCUGCAAAAGAGUUAAAGAAGAGUGAUGAAAGCUUUGGGGUUCAAAGACCUGACAAUGAUUCAAAUACCAUUGGAAUGGGCUUGUAUGAACCCGAAUCUGCUACCCAUUUGGAGGAGGGUACUACAGAGGAGGAGCUUCAGAUAUAUGAUACAAAUAAGGAGGAAUAUGAAAUCUUCAAUCUUAGAGUCAUACACAGGAAAAACAGGACUGGAUUUGAAGAAAAUAAGGAGCUGCCAAUUGUUAUGAAUAGUGUAAUUGCGGGAAGAUAUUAUGUGACAGAGUAUUUGGGGUCAGCUGCUUUCAGCAGAGUUGUUCAGGCACAAGAUCUACUUACAGGUGUGGAUGUUUGCUUGAAGAUCAUUAAAAAUGACAAGGACUUCUUCGAUCAGAGCUUGGAUGAGAUAAAACUUCUACGGUUUGUUAACAAGCACGAUCCUGGGGAUGAAUACCAUAUAUUACGGCUUUAUGAUUAUUUCUACUUUCAGGAGCACCUUUUCAUUGUUUGUGAAUUACUUCGGGCAAACUUAUAUGAGUUCCAGAAAUUCAAUAGAGAAUCUGACGGAGAACCUUAUUUUACAAUGAACAGGCUGCAGCUAAUAGCUCGGCAAUGUUUGGAGGCACUGGUAUACUUACAUCAAUUGGAUAUUAUUCACUGUGAUCUUAAGCCAGAGAACAUUUUGAUUAAAAGUUAUAGGAGGUGUGAGAUAAAAGUGAUCGACUUGGGAAGCAGUUGCUUUGUAACUGAUAACGUGUGCAUGUAUGUACAAUCACGCUCCUACAGGGCUCCUGAAGUCAUACUAGGCCUUCCUUAUGACCAAAAGAUUGAUAUUUGGUCCCUUGGCUGCAUAUUGGCUGAGCUUUACUCUGGGGAAGUUCUGUUUCCUAAUGAGGCAGUGGCAAUGUUGCUAGGACGCAUGAUUGGAGUGCUCGGCCCUAUUGAUCCAGCGAUGUUAGUGAAUGAGCAAGAGACUGACAAAUAUUUCACAAAGGAGUUCGAUUUGUAUCACAUAAAUGAGGAAACAAACGAAUUGGAAUAUGUAAUCCCGGAAGAGAGUUCGUUGGAGGAUCAUCUGGCGAUUUCUGAUGCAGGGUUUAGUGAAUUUUUGAGGGAUCUUUUGGAAAUGAAUCCAGAAAGACGUUUGACAUCAAAAGAGGCAUUGCAUCACCCUUGGCUAUCUUAUCAGUACUCUUGAAUCUUGAUCAUGAAAAUACAACCAUAAUUAUUUGUGAGUCGACCCACCGACCGACCGAUACAUUUGAGUUUGAUUGAUUAGUGAGUGUGUGGUAUAGUGUAAAGGCUAUAUAUAUUAUGUAAAAAAGAAAA